GAGCGCACUAUUAGCGCUGAUCAGUGCUAACGAGUCAUUCUAUCCUUGUCGUAUAAAUUACGCGUUAGCGCUGAUUGCGUGCUCCUCGAACGUAAUCUAUUGGUCUGUUCGUUAUAGUCUGCACUGUUGAACUAGUGCAAUAAAUUGAAAUGAGUGACAAGUAUAUAUUUUCUCAUUUUAACUUAUUGCAUCAGUUCAGCAAUGCAACUAUAAAGAACAGACCAUAUAUUGUUCGUUACGCACUGAGACAUUUUCGGCCCUUUGUAAGAUUUUAUUAUGAAGAAGCUUCCGUCAUUGGUAAUACACCGGAUACCAGCUCAACAGUUUAUCAGGAGAAUUAUGCACAAAUGAAAACUGUUGUGGAUCAAUUGAAAACUACUGUAGAAAAAAUAGUUGAAGGUGGAAACCAGAAAGCUAAGGAGAGACAUAUAAGCAAAGGAAAACUUUUACCCCGUGAACGAGUGAAUACUUUAUUAGAUAGGAAUUCACCUUUCCUAGAAUUUUCACAAUUGGCUGGAUAUGCGAUGUAUGGUAAAGAAGAAGUACCAGCUGGUGGAAUUAUUACUGGCAUUGGCAGAAUAGAAGGUACUGAAUGUGUGAUAAUAGCAAAUGAUGCCACAGUGAAAGGUGGUUCUUACUAUCCUAUAACAGUUAAGAAACAGUUACGAGCACAAGAAAUUGCUGAAGAAAAUAGAUUACCUUGUAUAUAUCUCGUUGAUAGUGGAGGUGCAAAUUUACCUAGACAAGCUGAGGUGUUCCCUGAUAAAAUGCACUUUGGUAGGAGUUUUUAUAAUCAAGCAAAUAUGAGUGCCAAGGGAAUAACACAGAUUUCAGUGGUUAUGGGAAGUUGUACAGCAGGUGGUGCAUAUAUUCCUGCCAUGUCAGAUGAAAGUAUUAUCGUUGGCAAUCAAGGUACAAUAUUUCUGGCUGGUCCACCAUUGGUAAAAGCUUCAACCGGAGAGGAGGUUUCGGCGGAGAACUUGGGAGGUGCUGCGCUUCAUUGUCGGGUAUCCGGUGUCACUGAUCAUUACGCGAUAGACGACACGCAUGCCUUGCACUUAGCGCGUCGAAUCGUGCAAAAUUUAAACAUACAGCGACCUAUGGACGUGAAAAUCAAUAAAAAAAUAGAGUUACCCCUGCAUGCUAUUGACGAAAUAUACGGUAUCGUUGGAACAAAUCUUAAACGUCCCUUCGACGUGAGGGAAAUUAUCGCGAGGAUCGUGGAUGGAUCGAAAUUCAACGAAUUUAAAGCGCAAUAUGGCGAGACCUUGGUCACUGGAUUUGCCAGGAUUUACGGCUAUCCCGUGGGCAUAGUCGCAAACAACGGUGUCUUAUUUUCCAAAAGCGCUCUGAAAGGAACUCACUUCAUACAACUUUGCGCACAAAGGAAAAUCCCUCUAAUCUUUUUACAAAAUAUCACAGGAUUUAUGGUGGGUAGAGACGCCGAAUCGGGAGGUAUCGCGAAAAACGGCGCGAAAAUGGUAACAGCGGUAUCUUGUGCUAAAGUACCGAAAAUCACAGUGAUAAUAGGUGGUUCUUACGGAGCUGGAAACUACGGAAUGUGUGGCCGAUCUUAUUCUCCGCGAUUCCUUUAUUCCUGGCCGAACGCUCGAAUAUCGGUGAUGGGAGGUGAACAGGCAGCUAGUGUAUUGGCACAAAUAGCGAAGGACCAAAAGUUGAGGGAAGGCAAAAAGUGGACUCAGGAGGAGGAGGACAACAUCAAGAAUCCGAUUAUUAAACAAUUUGAGGAGGAAGGCAAUCCGUACUACUCUAGUGCUAGGCUUUGGGAUGAUGGUGUGAUUGAUCCCGUCGACACUCGAGUAGUCCUCGGUAUGAGUUUGUCUGCAAGUCUGAACGCACCUAUACCUGACACUAAAUUCGGAAUUUUCCGAAUGUAAUACGAUUACAAAAACGUUCGUCUCGUUUUAUAUACGAACGCAAACUCAAACGCGCCUUUUUGCUAUUAGAUUUUGUAUGUUUUUUGUAUCGAAGUUAAAGAUCGAAUCUUAUUUUAGGAUAAAGAUAUUUUGUAGAUACUACUCUUUACUAUAUACACAUUCCAAAUAUAUAUUUUAUUAUAUAUUGCAUGUCAUAUUAAAUAAUAAACUAUCAUUAUAAAGCAUCUGU